ACGUGGCUUAUAUAUAUACAUGUAUAUGUAAAAGUUGCGUGAGAGAGUUGUUGGUUAACAUAACACUCAACAGUUAGGAUGGGAAGCGGUGGAAAAGUGUCGUUCAAAGUGACCCUCACCUCCGAUCCAAAGCUACCUUUCAAAGUAUUCAGCGUUCCCGAGGGUGCACCUUUUACUGCUGUUCUCAAAUUUGCAGCUGAAGAAUUCAAAGUGCCUCCUCAGACCAGCGCUAUCAUCACUAAUGAUGGUGUUGGGAUAAAUCCUCAGCAGAGUGCAGGCAAUGUCUUCCUUAAGCAUGGUUCCGAACUACGUCUGAUUCCGCGUGAUAGGGUCGGUGCUUCUUAAGAUGUUAAGGGAUGUCUGAUCUGAUUAGUGACUACUUCCUUUUUCAUGUAUCUCGAUGAGUGUAGCUUAGUGAAUACCAGUAUUACUCAUAUCAUGUAAGUUAUAUAUCGGAGUC